AUGAUUGAGAAGGGGCAAAUGAUAGUAGUAGAAUACCUUGUACUUGCCCUCGAGAGUGAAGUACUUCAUUAUCAUAAGGCAUAUCAUGUUCCAUGGGUGUUUGAGCUCCUCCCGAGCAAACCCACCUUGGAGUUGACAGGUUCUUCACGGUUGCAGAAGAAUCAUUUCAAACCUUCGCUAUUGGCAACAUGGUUGGUACAUUUCCAGCGUCGGUCGUCAAGGGUCAGCUUUGUAGCCUGGGCAAUAGUCUCCUUAGAGACAUCAAAGGAAAUGCUGCCCACUGAGGCACGCCUCCUAGACCAGGAGGAGGCAAAAGUAGCCAAGAGUUGUUCAUCGUGGCCCUUCAGACAUUCCAAAAAAUUGGCAACCCCUCCUUCAACGCAGAAAUUCGAGAUCAAGGGGUCAUUUUUGAAAUCAUCUAGAUUAUCUGUUGAUCCUGCAAAGAUAGAAGCAAUAGUAGAAUGGCCAACACCUCAGAAUGUUUAUGAAGUACAGAGUUUUAUGGGACUUGCAGGAUAUUAUAGAAAAUAUGUGGAAGGAUUUUCUAGGAUAGCAGCACCUAUUACUUCACUUCAGAAAAAGGAAAAAAGGUUUGAAUGGACUGAGAAGUGUGAGGACUCAUUUCAUCUCCUGAAGAAGAAAUUGACAACAACACCAGUAUUAACUAUACCAGAUCCCAAUGGACAUUUUGUAAUAAUUACAGAUGCCUCGAGUGAAGGUGUGGGAGCAGUGUUGAUGUAG